AACGUAAUCUCGUCCAUUUCGUUGUUAACUGUUGUAGAAACUGUCUGGUUCAGCGCUGCUCAAAAUAAAGGAUUUGAAUAUCUCUACCAGAUAUCUGCAUUAAUAUGGCUGCUACGGCUAAAGAUAUUGAAAAACCACAAGGACCGGAUUCCUCAUCCGUGCACCGCAUACGCAUUACCUUAACUUCAAGAAAUGUGCGCUCCCUGGAGAACGUAUGCCGUGACUUAAUCAACGGCGCUAAGAAUCAGAAUUUGCGUGUGAAGGGACCAGUACGCAUGCCGACAAAAACUUUACGCAUUACCACCCGUAAAACACCUUGUGGUGAAGGUUCAAAAACUUGGGAUCGUUUUCAGAUGCGGAUUCAUAAGCGCAUUAUCGACUUGCAUUCUCCAUCUGAGAUAGUCAAAAAAAUUACUUCGAUUAAUAUUGAACCUGGCGUAGAGGUGGAAGUUACUAUUGCCAAUUAAGUAGUAAUAUAAAUCUAAAAACUUAAGCACACAUUUUGUUUUUGUGAAUAAACUACGAUUUCGUAAGAAAUUACGAGAAAGGUAGUUUUUGUAAAA